UUGGUAAAAGAGUCGAGCGACAAAAUGCAGCUACCUUUCAGAUAGCCUUGGGGGAGUUUUGAUAGCUUUAGCGAAUUUUCCCCAACAAUUAUGCCGCAAACGAGAGUGGGAGAAGUUGUCUGUGGAACAGAAAUCACAGUAACAGCGCACACACAGGCAGAUAAUCACAAGCGAAGGAGGUGUGCGGCGGGAAAGGGGACAAAAACGCUACACGGGGAAAAAUCAGCUGUGCCGCAGCAAGGCAAAUUGGUGCUGUGACGUUGUCGUGGAAACUGUCCUCUAGCGACAAGGCAGAUACAGAUUCUUACGGAUAAAUAGUUGAUUUAUUUAAUUUUUUAUUUAACUAGACAAGUUAAAGAGAACAAGAACAAAUUCAUAUUUACAAUGACGGCCUAUGAACAGUGGCAGAACGACAUAUUUUAACCUUGUCAGCUCGGGGAUUCGAUCUGCAACCUUUCGGUUACUGGACCAACGCUCUAACCACUAGGCUACCUACCGCCCCAACUGAAUAAUUGUUGGCAACACUGGCUACAAUACGAGGAGUGGUUGGUGGUGGAGUUAAACCUAUUGCGUCUCUGUGCUAUCAAGACGAGGAGGGGGGGUUAUCUUGAGGGCAAAUGGCAAGUGAAGGAAUUCCUCCCCAAUCUUCUGUUCCCAUGGCUAACAGCAAAGAGAAGCAAAAUACUAACAGCAUUUGAGAUAUCGAUGCGUACCUUUUUCACAAAGAUUAUUGUGGCCCUGAACCGUUGUCCUCAUGUGACUGAGUGCUUUAGUGAGACUUGAGAGGUGCCACCUGUGGAAGAGAAGCAUUGGCAGUUUCCACCUUUGCUGACUAGUUGAUUCUUGCAUUUUGUGGUUUCUUCUUUGUUUGGCAGAUGUAUCAUGUGCAGCGUAGCCUACGGAACAAUUAUUAAGAAUCACGAAAAUAUGUAAAUUAGAGCCCGACCGAAAUUAGAUUUUUGCUUCCGAUUCCAAUACCUCUUUUACGGAGGCAGCAAAGUCGCCGAUAUAUUGUUUUUUUAGAGGUGGAACUAAAAACAUACUUUAUUUAAAUUUAUUUUUUACACACUUCAAGGGAUUAACAGAUACUCUGAAUGAUGAUUAAGAAUCACGAAGAAGAUGAGUUUGUUGCUGUGCGGGUCCAAGAUCCUCGGGUUCAGAAUGACGGGUCUUGGAAUUCGUACGUAGAUUUCAAGAUAUUCCUACAUACCAACAGCAAGGCUUUCACGGCCAAGACGUCAUGUGUGCGCCGUCGCUACAGUGAGUUUGUCUGGCUCAAGAAGAGGAUGCAGAAGAACACUGGCUUGGUACCUGUCCCAGACCUGCCCAGCAAGCCCUUCUUCUCCUCUAGUGGUGAGGACUUCCUGGAGAAGAGGAGGAAAGGCCUGCAGUCCUUUCUGGACAAAGUGUGUAGCAUGACAGUAUGUCUGUCAGAUAGCCAGCUCCACCUCUUCCUGCAAACCCAACUGCCGGUUGGUCACAUCCUGGACUGUGUGCAGGGCCACACCCCCUACACUGUGACAGAGGCCAUCCUCACCUACGGCUCAUCCAAUGAGGGCCGAGUUCCAGAAGAGGACUCAGCCCAGGACCCGAGUCUUACUCCAGUUCCUUAUGAGUCCAUGGAGAGCCCUGUUCCUCAUCUACCUACCCUGCGAUGUGAAGAGCCCCUCACCCCUGUGAACCUCACCUCCAGUGAGCCAGAGGGCCUACGGACUGAGAAGUUCCUAGCUGACCCCCAUGACAUAGACGCUGUAGAGUUCAAGCUCGGUGAGAACCCUUCCUCAGAGGUCACCCAAGAGGACCACGAUGUAGUCCAUGUAGAGGCCGCCCUGGAGACACACAGCCCAGUGGAGACUAUCUAUAAGUGGGAAGGCCAUGAAGACUCUACCCCAGAAAGGUGGUGUGAGGUGAUCCACCACCAAGGGGAUUGUCAACAGCAGACACUUGUGGAAGCGCACUCUGAAAAGUACACCGGCUUGGAGGAGGAGUGUGUAACGGAGGUGAAGAAUGAGAGGGUCAUUGAGGAGACCCAUACAGACACGACUACACAGACAAUCCCUCCCAAACAGAGUAGCCCAGAGCUAGACAUCCAUGAGGAAACCCCUCAAGAUGGCCUAAGGGAGACCGUUCUAGAGGACCUUAACCCUGCGGAGGAAGCUCAAGAAACAACCUCCGAAGGGGACAGUGACAAAGACACAGUAACAGCCAUUGAGCUGGACAGCCAAGGACACACGGAUGAGAUCAACUCCCACGUAGAGAUCAGCCUAGAGGUGGAAAGUGUUGAUGACUCAACCCAAGAGGUAGAAAAUUGAGACGUUGCAACCCAAAAGGUAGAAAUCGAUGACUCAUCUUGAGGUGGAAAGUGGCGAUGAGGCAACCCAAGGGAAGACUCCCUUUGACAUUCAACAAGUAGAUAAUCAGCUGGACACAACAGAAGAGGUUGAUAGUGACGAGGAAAUUAAUGGAGAGGACGGGGAGAGUCUUGGGAAUGGGGAGACUACAACAUCCGAUGGGAGUAAUAAGGAGAGCGACAACAAGGACACGAGACAAAUGGCUACAUGGAGUCAGCUCCUGAGAAGGGACAUCACAAAUCAGACCACACAGAGGCAGAAGAAGUCCUCAACAACAGACAUUCUAAAGCCCGAAACUAACCAAGAUCCCUCACAUGAAGAAAUAACACCUGAGGUACCCAAUGCUCAGCGGACCAAUGGUGUCAAAGUCGGAGAGGGAAUUAGUCUAACUCAACCAGCUGUGUUGCCCCAAUGGCAUUAAUGUGGCAAAUAAUUUGGCAGUUAAUUCGCAUGCCUUCUGAAUGCUGUGUGAUCCAGAACUGUGAUGCUGUUUAAACGUGAUUACGUGAGUUUGGUGUGGGUGAAUGUUACUCAAGACACUUGCAACUUAUCAUGCCAUCAACUUUGACUGUGUUUUAUUCAUAAGUUCUGGGGGGGAAAAGUGUCAUCCUGCAUGCGUUCCCUUAGCCAUUCUGUGUUGCUGUUGUGGGGCAGGUUUCUGGGUUCAGCUUGAACAAACGAGGAUGAGUGUCGUUCCACCUAAAAGCACAAGAAUUGUGCUUGAAACAGGUUUCAUUCCAGAAACAUUAUUUUGUGGAAAUAUAAUUUGAUCUCUGAGAAAUAAAUACAGUACCUAACAUCCUA